AUGGGACCGUUGCACCUGGACGUUCCAACCACCCAUCACGUUUAUGAAGGGUCUCACGGCGAGAGAUACAGCCCACCCAUAUCGGGCUCCGUUCUGGUGCCAGUAUCCUCGUUGGACUUUGAUCAGGCGAAGUAUCCCAAUGUUACUGUUGGUUUGCUCCGAACUGUGACUUUGCGGAACGGGGAGCCGGCAUCUAAUGCCCCAAACGACAACAAAAAGGGCGAUUUUCUUCAGCGGAUCCGCAGGAAACGCGUGCCCCAAACCCAGACCAUCGCCACUCCACAAAAGGAGGGGAGCAGCACGGUAGAGACACUGGUACAAUGUCAGUUAUGGCACUCCCCAGAACCAGUAGAGUGGCAUGAGGAGGCGGGCGCGGUCGUCUUGAAGUUUCUUUUCUCGAUACCAGUUCCACCCGGCACAUCAGGUACGACGGAGACUCCAUUCGGAGGGCUGUCUUAUGCGGUCCGCGCUGUAGUCACUUCGUCAUCUGGGGUGACCGUGGAUGCGACGAGGGACGUGCAAAUUCUGUCCCGUAUCGUGACUGGUCCCAGUCAGACUGUUCGUCAUUUUAAAAAUUACACCGGCGAGCGGUUGAAGUCGGAGUUGUCUCUUACUCCGGAGCAGCCAACAGAUCCUAAAGUAAAGCUCGCAUACUCUGCGAAGCUUGUGGCCCGUGGUACUACGGCGCGGGGUGACCGCCCAACAGAAAGGAAGCAAUUCUUCGUUCGAGAGGUACGAUGGAGCGUCGAAGAGACUGUGAGGUUGAUGAAAGUCUCCAACGGUGAUGGUCCUGACGGGGAAACGAUUACCUGGAAAGAGAAAUCCGUGCGCCAGCUGUGCUCCGGCAAGCAACAGGGUCGCUGGGCUCCGAAUAAGAAACUAUCUGUCCAGGAACGAAAAGGCCAUGAUGACCGUGACCGAAUUGACCUUUCAUUCGAUGUCAUUAUUCCUAGAACUGCAUCCACCCCAGAUCAGCGGGAUCUUUCAUCAUGUUCCUUCGACUCUGGAGCACCGUGUCGGCACCUGACCCCUUGCAAGUUUAACGAGAUUUGCACCGAGUCAAGUGGAGAGAGGACCACAAUCAUGGUCGACCACCGCUUGAGGCUUGAUCUUAUCACCGGGGAAGACACCCUCGAUGAAAAGACGGGAGAUCUCAUCAACCGAAGGCAGUUCGCGAAAGCAUUCACGACUUGCUAUACCCUUCCAAUCCAUGAAGUGGCUGGCCGAAAUGCCAUCCCGGAGGGUACCUUCCACGGUAACAGCGCUCCUCCAUUAUAUGAGGGAGAAUCUGCUAUGCCUCCUGCAUAUGACUUUGACGAACCAUAUACAUCGCCUUGUUUUGUUUGA